AUGCAGCUCUCAACUUUCCUCCUCGCCGCUACUGCAAUCGCACCAGCCUUCGCACAACUAUCUGGAAAGGUCGGGCCUCUAACUACUCAUGCGUCUAAAUCGGCUGUCAAGAUUUGCAACGUACUUGACUAUGGUGCCAAGGCGGAUAAGGCGACGGAUCUAAGUCCUGCGCUUUUGUCUGCGUUUACAGCGUGCAAGGCUGGUGGGACGGUUGUUAUUCCUUCGGGAGAUUAUGCGCUGGCGACUUGGGUGACGUUUGAAGGAGGGAAAGCAUGGGCGCUGCAGCUUGAUGGUGUGAUUUAUCGGACGGGGAGUGCGUCGGGGAAUAUGCUGUUUGUGAGGAAUGCGGAUGAUUUUGAGAUGUUUAGUAGUAUGGGGAAGGGGGCUGUACAAGGCUAUGGGUAUCAAGACCACAAGAACGGGAAGCGGAAUGAAGCAAGGAUUCUGCGUCUCGAACAGACGGAUAACUUCUCGGUUCACGAUAUCAAACUCGUUGAUGCGCCUAUGUUUCAUUUCGUCAUGCACACGUGUACCAACGGCGAAGCGUACAACAUGGCGAUACGCGGUGGAGAAGAAGGCGGUCUCGACGGCGUGGACGUAACAGGAACAAACAUCUGGAUCCACGACAUAAUGGUCACCAACAAAGACGAAUGCGUAACCGUAAAAUCGCCCUCCAAAAACAUCCUAAUUGAGAACAUAUACUGUAACUCCAGCGGCGGCUGUGCCAUCGGUUCCCUCGCCGUCAACACCGCAAUCUCCUCCAUCGUCUACCGCAACAUAUACACCUCCAAAUCCAACCAAAUGAUGAUGAUCAAGUCAAACGGCGGAAGUGGCUACCUCGAAGACGUCCUCUUUGAAAACUUCAUCGGCCACGGAAACGCGUAUUCCUUCGACAUCGACCAAGCCUGGGCGUCUAUGACUACACUCCCCGGAGACGGUGUCCAGCUCACCAACAUCACUGCUAGGAACUGGAAAGGCACCGUUGCGAAUGGCGCACAGCGUGGUCCAGUGAAGGUUGUGUGCGCGGAUAAGACGCCAUGUACGGGUAUUACGAUUGAGGAUUUUGCCAUGUGGACGGAGGUAGGGAGUAAGGUUGUUAAUCGGUGUAAGAGUGCGUAUGGAAUUGGGGCGUGUUUGAAGAGUGGGAUUGGAGGGGCGUAUGCGCCGGUUAUGGACACGCAAACGAGUGCGCCGGAGGGGUAUGAGGCAGAGAGUAUGACGGGGGAUUUGGAAGAGGGGUUCGGAAUUGAUGAGGAGAUUCCGAUUCCGGAGUGGCCGGUGAGGUUUUAUCCGGGUCAGGCGCCGAUUACGAAGUUGGCAGGAUAG